UCAAAAUGUUGAAAAUUGGCGGAAAAUAGCAUUUUCAAUAUCAGCUGCAAUUUUAUUCACAAUGUUAUUAUUUUUUCUUAUUUCUUAUCUUAUUUUUUAAACUUGUUCAUAUGUUCUCAACAGUGACAUUCCUACUUUCCCUGUGUGCCCUUGUUGUGGGAUCCUGGCUGACAUAUUGGUUUACCGGAGAUUCGACGAAGGUCCCACAUACCUUCUUCUCCAAACGAGUCAUCCACAGGAAGCAAAGUAUGCUAGAGUUAAAAGAGAGAUAUCUUUGCUUUCAGACUAGUAAUAGGUUAGGAAAUCAAAUGUUCGGUUAUGCGUCGGCGUUCAGCAUAGCGAAGAGAAAUGGAAUGAAACCUUUGAUUGACACCAUAUUACGACGUUACUUCCUUCUGCCUUCAUCUCUCAAAAACAAUUCUGAGUUGUGGAGCAACACUUGCACUGAGUUGCCAAUAUUGCGCGAGAAUGCGAGCACCUGCAAUGCAUUCGAUCCCCAUCUAUGGCGGAUAAGUGGCCAAAGGACGCUGCGUAUCAUAGGCUGCUUGAGAUCGUGGAAAUAUCUAAUUGGACACGAAACGGAAAUUCGCAGGGAGUUCACAUUCAGGGAUUUUAUCCAAAAGAGGGCAAGGAAAGCUUUGGAUGGUGCCCUGCAAGACCACUCUAUUGCUGGACGUGUGCUCGUGGGUGUCCAUGUUCGCCGGGGAGACCGUCUUCACAUUGAUUCAAUGCCCGUUCCAGGGAAGAGUUAUUUUAGGAAAGCCAUGAACUUUAUGCGAGCUAAAUUUAAAGGUGCCAUCUUUGUGGUGUGCUCUGAAGAUAUUGGUUGGGCCAAGGAAGCCCUCUUCUCCUCUGACACAGUCUUUGUAGAAACCGGUGAAGCCGCAGUAGAUUUCGCGGUGUUGACGAUGUGUAAUCACACGAUCAUGUCCGUCGGGACGUUCGGCUGGUGGGCUGCUUGGCUGGCAAAUGGGACAACAAUUUACUACAAGCAUGCGUUUCGACCUGACACACGCGCUGCGCAUCACACCGUAAUGCAAGAGUUUAUGCCACCACACUGGAUUGCCAUAGAAUAGGGGUACAACUCUGUCCAGAAUUGGAGAGACCUCUAGUAAUAGAUUACAUAUAUAUGCCAUUCUGGUCGAACCAAAGCCAGAUGAAGAAACUUCGGUGAACCACAAUGAAGUCUAGAAGUCUAUGUUAAAUAUACAUUGAUAUACGGCGUAA